AUCAGUGAGCGAACGAAGGAAUAAGUGGCCGGUCUGUGCCCAGAGUACCGCCUCCUGUCCCUAAGCCCGGCCAGCCAAGAAAAUUUCCUGACACUGUGUUCUCUACCCUGCAGGAUGCGGGAGGCCCCCGGGCCGGAGGGUUCGGAGAGGGGCUGCGAGGCGCCCUGCGCGGCAUCCUGCCACGCGCAGCGAGUCCUGCAGACCCUCAACGCGUAUCGGCGGAGCGGCACCCUCACCGACGUGGUUCUGCGCGCUGGUGGGCGCGACUUCCCCUGUCACCGUGCCACGCUCAGCGCGGGCAGCGCCUACUUUCGCAGCCUGUUCGGAGCCGGUCGGCCAGAGCGCUGCCUAGCUGUGGUGCCUGUGGUACAGAUGGGACCUGAGGAGCCGGGCACCGGGCCCGACAGGGGGGCGGCGGCCGCGGCACUCGCGGUGGUGCUUGACUACGUCUAUGGCGCGGGCGUGCGGCUGCGCGCCGAGGACGAGGCGGCCGCAGUGCUGGCGCUGGCGGAGCGGCUGGGCGUGGUGGGCCUGCGCGAGGUCUGCGCUCGCUUCCUCGAGGGCCGCCUGCGUGCCAACAACAGCUUGGCGCUUCGCCGAGUAGCCGCCGCUUUCUCGCUCGCCUCUCUGGCGGAGCGCUGCGGCCGCGUGCUGCGCCAGGCCUUCUCCGAGGUGGCACGCCACGCUGACUUCCUGGAGCUGGCGCCCGACGAAGUGGCGGCGCUGCUGGCGGACCCCGCGCUGGGCGUGGCGCGCGAAGAGGCGGUGUUCGAGGCGGCCAUGCGCUGGGUGCGCCACGACGCGCCGGCCCGCCGCGGGCAGCUGAGGCGCCUGCUGGAGCACGUGCGUCUCCCGCUGCUGGCGCCCGCCUACUUCCUGGAGAAGGUGGAGGCUGAUGAGCUGCUGCAGGCCUGCGGCGAGUGCCGUCCGCUGCUGCUCGAGGCCCGCGCCUGCUUCAUCCUGGGCCGAGAGGCCGGCGCGCUGCGGGCCCGGCCGCGGAGAUUCAUGGACCUGGCUGAAGUGAUCGUGGUCAUUGGUGGUUGUGACCGCAAGGGUCUCCUGAAGCUACCUUUCACCGAUGCAUACCACCCAGAGAGCCAGCGCUGGACCCCACUGCCCAGCCUGCCUGGCUACAUGCGCUCAGAGUUUGCGGCUUGUGCUCUUCGCAAUGAUGUCUACGUUUCUGGGGGCCACAUCAACAGCCAUGAUGUGUGGAUGUUUAGCUCCCAUCUGCACACCUGGAUCAAAGUAGCCUCGCUGCACAAGGGGAGGUGGAGGCACAAGAUGGCAGCCGUGCAGGGUCAGCUGUUCGCGGUAGGUGGCUUCGACGGCCUUCGGCGCCUGCGCAGCGUGGAACGCUACGACCCCUUCUUCAACAUCUGGACUGCCGCCGCGCCCCUGCCAGAGGCCGUGAGCUCUGCGGGGGUGGCGGCCUGUGCUGGUCGACUGUACGUGAUCGGAGGCGCAGGGCAGGAUGGUGUCAAUACUGACAAGGUGGUACAGUGCUUUGACCCCAAGGAGGACCAGUGGAGCCUGCGGUCACCAGCACCCUUCUCGCAGCGGUGUCUUGAGGCUGUCUCCCUUGAGGAUACCAUCUAUGUGGUGGGAGGCCUCCUGAGCAAAAUCUUCACCUAUGACCCUGGCACAGAUGUCUGGGAGGCUGCUGUCCUCCCCAGCCCUGUGGAGAGCUGUGGCGUGACUGUGUGGUGAUGGAAGACCAUCCUCGCGGGCAGGAUGAUCAUGGGGAAAAGCACUGAUAGGGGCUUCACCUUUGACCCCAGCAGUGGGCUGGUGGAGGCCCAGCCAUCCCUGCAGCGCUGUACCAGCUCCCAUGGCUGUGUUACUAUUGUCCAGAGCCUGGGCAGGUGAUUGAGACUGGGACUGCCUGAGCCAGGAGACAGGCAGGGAGAACUCAAACACACCACUUUCCCCUCCUGGAACCUCUAAUGUCAA